AAAACAUGGUGUUAUUAUUGUGAUAGAGAAUUUGAUGAUGAAGCCAUUCUUAUUCAACAUCAAAAAACAAAACAUUUUAAAUGCCCAUACUGUCCAAAGAAACUUGUCAGUGUAAAGGGAAUGAAAACUCACGUACUUCAGGUACACAAGGAGAAUAUUAAUUUUAUUCCAAAUGCUAAACCUGAAAGAAAUACAUUUGAUUUUGAAAUUCAAGGUAUGCAAGGAAUACCAGAU